GCCGCCGCCAUCGGACAAUGGGCCGCGCGCCGCGGUGAGCUCUGCUGGAGCCGGCUGCCGGCCCCAGGCCAGCCUGAUGCCCGGCAGGUCGGGUUGCCCGACGUGGAUGUGAGUUUGCUGUUUCUGUUUCCGUUCUCUGUCUUCUUUGGUCUGUUUUUGGUUUUCUGGCUUGGAGAAGAGAACUUUUCUGAGCAGGUCGGGCACGGCCGAAGGCUACUCUGCCCCCACGUGGACGCUCCUCAGGGGAAAAGAAGUCUGGAAGUAAACUUAGCCCCGCUGGCCUGAAGGCCUCAACUUUGGCCGGACUGUAAGUUUUGGAGUCAUGACCUUCUCGCUGGGCAGGUGGGAGUCGUUAUCUGCCUCGGGCUGGACCUGAGCCGCGGCCAGCACACAGAUCUCCCCACCCCAUUCACGUCUUGUACCAGGGCUAGGCCCCGGACACUGAUCUGCAACAUGGAUAAAUAUGAUGACCUGGGCCUUGAGGCCAGUAAGUUCAUCGAGGACCUGAACAUGUAUGAGGCCUCCAAGGAUGGGCUCUUCCGGGUGGACAAGGGUGCUGGCAACAACCCUGAAUUUGAGGAAACUCGAAGGGUAUUCGCGACCAAGAUGGCCAAAAUCCACCUCCAGCAGCAGCAGCUCCUACAGGAGGAAGCCCUACCUAGGGCAGGCAGAAGCCCUGUCAACGGUGGGAGCCGUCAGGGUGUGAGCAGCAAGCUGGCUGCAGAUGGUGCUGCCAAGCCCCCUCUAGCCGCGCCAACAGUGGCACCUGGAUUCGCUACCACCACAGUGGCUGUGCAGCCCUCAUACCCUUCUCAAGAGCAGAGGACCAGGCCAUCUGCCCACGGUACAAGGCCUGGCAGUCAGAAUUGUGGUUCCAGGGAGGGGCCUGUGAGUUCCCAGAGGCCUGCUUUCCGCGGUCUGGGUCCCUGUGAAGACCCUUCCUGCCUCACUCAUGGGGACUAUUAUGACAAUUUCUCUUUGGCAAGCCCACAGUGGGGCGAUAAACCAGAAGUGCCCCCCAGCAUGGGUCUGAGUGUAGGGAGUGGGUGGCCUGCUUGCCCAGGGAAUGAUUCCACAUUGCCCAGGUCCUUGAGUGGGGACAGUCAGCCUUACCAGCCACAGCUCCCCAUGUGCUCUGGCAAGUCUUUUGAAAGUGGCAUUAGUGGCCAGGAUGGUGGCAUUGGUGGCCACAGCAAUGAGAAGCCAACAGGCCUUUGGUCCACAGCCUCCUCUCAGCGCGUGAACCUCGGCUUUUCUUCCCUGAGCUUGGAGAAUGGGGCCCCAGCUCAACCCAGGAGCCCCACGGUUUCGGCACCCCUGGUCCCUAGCAGCACCAGCCAAGGGGGUUGUCUGAGAAAGGAUUCCGGUCUGGGAUGUGAGGCUUCAGACAGGGUCUUCAAACCCACUGUGGAUGCUCAGCCUUGGCUCCGGGAUGGACCCAAGUCUUACCUCUCUGCUUCUGCUCCGUUAUCCUCAACAACUGGCAAGGACGACAGUGUCCAGCCAGGUCUGACCCCUGGGCUAGGUCCUAAGCCUGGAUGCGUGGAGUCUGGCUCCGGUCCCAAGCCCAGCCCCACCAGCCUUGUCCAUCCCGUGAUGACCACUCCGUCUGAGUUGUCUUGUAAAGAGAGUCCUCCCAGCUGGCCCACUGACAGUAGCCUGGGACCUGUGCUCCCAGAGAGCCCCACCCCCUCCAGGGUGAGGUUGCCCUGCCAGACCCCGGCACCAGCCCCUGAGCUUGGACCCUCCUCUGCCGAAUUGAAAUUAGAAGCCCUCACCCAGCGUCUGGAGAGAGAGAUGGAUGCUCACCCCAAAGCAGACUACUUCGGAGCCUGUGUGAAGUGCAGCAAAGGGGUGUUUGGAGCUGGCCAGGCCUGUCAGGCCAUGGGGGACCUCUACCACGAUGCAUGCUUCACCUGUGCAGCCUGCAGCAGGAAGUUAAGAGGAAAAGCUUUCUAUUUUGUCAGUGGCAAAGUAUUCUGUGAGGAAGACUUUUUGUACUCUGGCUUUCAGCAGUCUGCAGAUAGGUGCUUUCUUUGUGGACAUCUGAUCAUGGACAUGAUCCUGCAGGCCCUAGGGAAGUCCUAUCACCCUGGCUGUUUCCGCUGUGUCAUCUGUAAUGAAUGUCUGGAUGGGGUGCCUUUCACUGUGGACUCAGAAAACAAGAUCUACUGUGUCCGAGAUUAUCACAAAGUGCUGGCCCCGAAGUGUGCAGCCUGUGGACUUCCCAUUCUUCCCCCAGAGGGCUCAGAUGAGACCAUCCGUGUUGUGUCUAUGGACAGAGACUACCACGUGGAGUGCUACCACUGUGAGGACUGUGGUCUGGAGCUCAAUGAUGAGGAUGGCCGCCGCUGCUACCCACUGGAGGACCACCUGUUCUGUCACUCCUGCCAUGUCAAGAGACUGGAGGAAGGGCCCUCACCUGCAGCCCUCCCCCAGCACCACUUCUAGCCAGAGACACAGUGGGGAUGCGGGCCAGGGCUGCCCAGGGAGCUCUCUGUGCAGCACUCUGGGCCCCCAGAGCUGGUACACAGGAAGAAGAGGGCCAGGAGGUCAAGUUCCUGUGUGUGUGUGAAGGGUAGCUUUCCUUUAACCACAGCAGUGUGCACGUCCCAUCCAGCCCAUGUAUUUUUCAAGUGCUUUUCCCCAUUACCACACCCUCGCCAAAUCACUCAGGAAGAUGUCCUAGCUCAAACAUGGCACACAACACUUGUGUAACUGUGUAACUGUAAAUGUGUAACUGGACACAUUCUACUCCCUGGAAAAAGUUCAUGUUUCAUGGGGACAGGUUUUCAGAUCCUAUUGAGCACACUUCACAGUGUCCUUAAAGAGAAACAGUGAUGGAGGUGAGCAGCACUUCCUUCCCCUAGGAAAAGGCCUGCACCCAGAUGACUCUCACACAGCCUAUGGCGUGCUUUCACAGUCUCCACCUCAGAGCUUUAGCUCUUCUAGAGUGCUGAGACUCUUAACUGCGUUGCAGCAAGAAAGAAGCAUUGCAAUACUUUGUAUCCUUGGAGAUUGCUUGGCAAACCAGAGCCGAGCUUAGAUGUCUGGGCGGCCGGGUCUCCCUCUUGUGCCUUUCCUCCCAGCAGAGCUGUGGCAGAGGCCUGCCCCUCCUACUCCAUCAGCUUUGAGAGAACUGGUGCAGGCACCAGGCUUCUUGUCCACUGCUUGGUGCUGUUUUCCUCAUUGCUUCCUCCAGUCUGUGGCAUUGGAGUUGUUUUCUCAAGGUGACCUCAGAGUCAUCCUGACCCUGACACCUUUUUUAGCUUAUUUGCGCAUGACCUUUGGGAAUCACAGUCCAUGUCUUGGGAGAGAGCUCCUUCUGAAAGGAAAAUUUCUGUGUAUGAAAUCUCAGAGCUAGCACCAGAAGGAGUGCCAAAGAGGUUGCCAAGCUGUUUCAGAGGUAUCUCUCUUGCCCACUUCUCAGCAGAGACAUGCAUUCGGUUUGAAGAAACCAAUAUAAGGUACACUGUUUUGUCUCUUUUUUCCUCAUUACUUCUCUCUACUUUUUUCUACACACAAAACAUACCUCACAGAUAAAUAGUUUUCACCAGAUCACAGAUCAAAGAGGAAUUAACACAUCAUAUUGGAGACUGUUGGUGUGUUAGCUGUGGCCAGUCUCCCGCUCUUGACUGCAGCUAAGCAGUUGCAAAGCAAGGUCAUCUGAGACCAGAUGCAACUGAAAUCAUCACUCUGGCCCCAUGGACCUCUACGCAGUAGCUCCUAGGGUAGCUGGGCUAAGAGAGAGAUCACAUGCUGACAAAAAUAUCAAGACCACGUCCGAGCUGGGUAUGUGGGCACACCUGUCCUCUUAAUAUUUGAGAGGCUAAAGUUUGUGAAGUAGGAGUUUAAGGCAGUUCUCAACUACAGGAGGCUCUGACCCAUGUAAAAAAUUAAAAUUAAAAAAAAAGAAAGAGAAAGAAAAAACAACAAAAACCUACCCAGCACUGAAGAACAUAAUUAACUCUUCCUAUCACUUCCUGAGGCCAAAGCUCAUUGCCUCCUUGGUAGUUCCAAUGGGUAAAACUGGAAAAACAAAAAACAAAAUGGGUUUCUAUCUGCCCUCUUAUCUUCAGGGAGUGCCGCCUGGCUUGUGGCAGGAAGUCGGGCUGGGUACCAGCAACUGGCCUAGGCGAUGGAGCAUGGUCAGUAGAGCUUGCCGCACAUGAGUGUGGACCCCUGACUGGGCCCUGGCUUUACCUGUGGGCUGUUUAAUCCUGCUGGCCUCCAUUACCUGUGAGAAGGUCAGAAUUAGCACUGUGGACCAGGACCAUCUUUUUCAUUUUUAUAAGGUUCAUUCUGUUGGGAUCCUUGGCCAGAGGUACUUCUUUGUUUCCUAUUCUAGAGCCCCCUUUAAAAACCUAUGAAUACAUGGGGCUAUGGAGCUAGACCCCAAGGCCAGUCCUGUUUCUUCCCUUCAAGUUAUCUAGCUUGGCUUUGGCAAGGCUGGCAGGGAAAGAAAAUGAGCCAGUAUGUCUUUGCCAUGUUUGAUGUUCUGGUCUAGUCUUAAUUUUAAGUCAAGAUGAUUGAAGAAAAUUGCAGUGGAAUCCAUGUCAGACGUAGAAGGGAUUUGUUUGCAAAUUAAAUAAUUUAAAACUCUGAUUAAUUUUUUGAAUGAAAUUCCUGAUGGAGGUGAUUCAGAUGUGUUUGCAAAUACUACAUUUUAUAUUAUUGAAAAGAACAAUAAAGGAAUUUACAGACUUCCCAGAACCCCCAGGACUGUUUUCUCUGGCUGUUUUCUGGAGAAGGCACCACUAGGGGUCUCAUAUUUCUUGUUUCUCUCCAUCUCAGGCCUGUGCACUAACAAGAAGACAUGUUCACUUCUCUGGGAUUUUACAUGUACUAUAAAUUUUGGCCAGAUAGAGCUGUAAGGAGAUUAUACUUAUGGGCAUAUAGGAAGAAAACAGAGGGACUGGGGAGGGACUGUUUUAAAAAUUAAAACAAAUAGCUUUUUCAAGAUUCCUGUACAACUCUUGUACAUUGGAUAAAACAAAGGAGGUGACAGAUGAUCCAGGGCUAGCCUCUGCCAUCACCUUCCUCAUUCUGUCGUGUAGGUUUCAGAAGAACUGCCAGCCUUAACAGAGUUAUUGGCUACAUGUUAAGCAAGACAGGACUUUCCAUUCCCCUGGCUAGUGCCUCAGUGAACCACCUUUCAGCUGAGUCUUGUGAGGGUCCAUGUUGAAUCUGAGGUGGCUGACAGAAGAAUAAAAUGUUCUGAACACCCUCAGGUACUGCUGUGGCUUUGUUUGCAUGGCCUUCUGUCAUACAGAACACAGAACAGGAUUGUUUAAGAAGAUUCAGAACCAGCCCUUUGCAGACAUUACUGUUCUGUAAUACCUUUUUCUCACUUAGUAAAAGUGCUGUCGACCAGUUAGAUCCCUUUCAAAGAAUAGUGUGAGACUUGACUCCAAACUAUGCUUGCACAAUAUACUUGUAAAAACCCAGGAAGGGAGAUCUCAGUCAGCCAAGUGCUUCCAUGAGGACUUCAGUUUGGUUCACCAGAUGCAGUGGUGUGCUCUUUUAAUACAGUUCUGGGGCUUGAUGGCUAACUAGUUGAGCCCAAUUAGUGAGCACUAGGUUGCAAGACCUUGUUUCCAAGGAGGUGGAAACCUGAGGUUGUCCUUUGGGUUCCACAUGCCUACAUGCCUACACAUACAUGGGCACACACAUUAAGAAAACUUCCAAGAGACCAAUUUAUUUAUUAUUUUUUUUUUUUUGGUAUUUUUCUUUGCCAAGAAUCGGGCCUAAUUUUAUUCUCGGCUAGCGCCUGAAGUAAUUUUAACAGAAAAGAGUAAAUAAAAUGUACUAAGCUAUAUUUUGUUCUGGGUACAAACAGGACAGAUGGGACUCAUCUCUCCAGUGUGUAUGAAAAUGUCACUGCAUAGGGAUAUAAUUUUCUUCUAUCUCUUACAAAAAAAUUAUUGAAAGUUUCACUCUUACAUAAAAUUAUUCCAGGUGGUGUGACAAUAAAGCUACAUGAGUUUGUAGGCUAUGACAGUUUCUCUUCUUGGCGGUUAGGGAGUAUUUUGUGUCUAGGGUAAACAGACAGUAUUUUUGCUGGUACGUAGCUGAGACUGGCCUUGAACUUAUGAUCCACCUGCCUCUACUUCAUAUGCUGAGAAUACAGGUGUGCACCAUCAUGCCUAGCAUGGAGCUCUAAAAUCCAUGGGUAUUGUAUUAGUUUUGCAUUGCUGUGGCCAAAUUGCUGACAGAAACAAAGGAGGAUUUAUUUUGGCUCAUGGUUUCAGGAGACUUAAGUCUGUCAUAGCAGGGAGGCAUGAUGGAACAGCUUCAUUCUUGGCAAAGGGGGCAUGAAACAGCAGUUUUUAGUGUCAUGGUAGACCAGGAAGCAGAGCAAGUAGACCAGAACCAGAUGUCAUGCCAUAACCUUUUUAAAGGCUCCAUAGCCUUUCAAAAUAGCACCAUCGGCUGGAACAAGCAAUCACAACAUGAGCCUUCGUUGUUUCAGAGUAAAAUCACAGCUGGAGUUAAAUGGGAAACAUCUGGGAUUUUGCUCUUUGUGGGGCUCUGCUGAAUAAGGUUGAAGUCGCCUCCAGAUAGCCAAUUAUUUGCACUUGGUCUAUGAUAGACUCCCUUUUCUCAGUUCUGAAAGUCUCCCCUGAUCUGGGUAACCUCAGGUCUUGUAUGGAGCUAAAGAGCAUCACAUAGCCCUCAAGACAGAUUAUAGCCAGACCCUUCCUUGAUAAGGAAACUGCUCUAGCAUCUAGGAAUUCCUAAAAUUCCCCACCUUGUUAAGGAUCUUAGUCCAGCAGUGACCUUCAGUUGUACUUGGAGAUUCCCCUACCCAAUAGGAUUACUGUAUUUUCCUUCAUGUGAUAGGACCCCUGUCCCCAGCGAAUCAAACACAUUCACCUUCAAAAUCCCUUCCUCUGCCCAGGGUUUAUAUUGCCCUUGAUUUCAAAGAAUAAAGGUACGAUUCAACAUG